GGGCAGCGGCACACGCACCACCGAUGGCCGCGCGUCCGCGAUGAGAGAGAGACACUGCGGCAGUGGCACGAGGGGGAGAUGAUUAAAAAUGCAGUGGCCUCGCUGAUGGUGCGCCUCCACCACCUGCCCCUGCCCCGCGCCGCGCCCGCCUCCACCUACCGCCACCACCACCACCACGCGCUCCAUCUCCCGCCGCCCGCAUCGGUCCCGCUGCGCCCCGCCGCCGGCGCCGCCAUGUCAACGACGGCGGAGCAGGCAGUCGCCGACCAGAAGCGCGCGCUUCGCACAGAGGUGCGCAGGGCGCUGAAGGCCCUCUCCCCUGACCAGCGCGCCAGCGAAGAUCUGGCUAUUCAAACUACAAUUUUGGACUCCUCUUGGUUCAAAGCAAGCAAACGGUUGUGUGCUUAUAUAAGCUGUCAGCAGUUGCGAGAAGUUGAUACAUCAAAAAUACUAGCAGAGUGUCUACCAUCGAGUCCUGGGCAAGAGGAACUGGCAAAAGAUCUUUAUGUUCCUCGAGUGGAGGAUAAGAACCGCAAUAUGCGGAUGCUCAAAAUCACCACCAUGGAUGACUUAGUUAAAAAUUCAAUGAACAUUCUGGAACCAUCACCCGUGGAUGCUAGUGGUAACGAUCGUGAAGAUGUAUUGUCAUCCUCUUCCCCGAUUGAUCUUUUUUUAUUGCCUGGACAAGCAUUUGAUAGAACUGGUCGAAGACUGGGCCGUGGUGGAGGGUACUAUGAUACAUUCUUGUUGAAAUACCAAGAACUUGCAAAAGAGAAAGGGUGGAAUCAACCUCUCUUAGUUGCUCUUUCAUACUCGGUGCAAAUUAUGGAGGAAGGCAUCAUCCCAGUCAACUCAACUGAUGUUCCUAUUGAUGCUUUGGUCUCAUCCUCUGGUGUUAUUCCAAUAAGCCCUACUGCGCUGGAGAGGAUGUAAUGAAGCUGAUUGGUUUCUUGUUAUGCUUUGACAACAUGCGCCUCUUUCAGGUUCCAUCUGAUUGCCCAGGUGAUAGUGUGAUACUGAUACAUCAGCAGAUCAUGGGAUUUGUCCUUUUCUUGUGGCUUUCUGCUGUAUCAUUCUAUAAUAAAAUAGACGCUGGUCAAUUUUUUUUCCAGCUAGUUUUAGAUGUAUGAUGUGAAUUCUCCUUUUGAGCUAAGAGUCUAAGGUUGACAUGGUAUA